GCGGAUAUGUACUGGAGUUGAUUUGGUAUGUAUUCAGGGUGCCUGUUGAUCCAUUCGGUAUAUCUUGCGAUGAUGAGAAGCGCUGCAUAUCGGACUCUUGGAUGUGUGGGCAGGGACGGAAUCAAGUCCAUAAUCUUGGCGACAGCCUUGUUAUCCUUAGGGUCCACCUCCGCACCCAUCGACCUCAUUGAGAACAACGGCGCUUCGAUCUCCUGCCAUGAAAUGUUGGGUCCUUGAGACAAGGCUGUGGUGAUCAUGUCAUAGGCUGUCAUUAAACCAACGUCGGCGCCGAGAACGUAGCAACAAUCCUUGAGGGUGUCGCCCAUGACGUGUCUGAAUUGACGGAAAUUUUCCGCCUCCUGACCGGCCUUGUAGGCAUCCAAAAACAACGGGGAGACGGAUGGCUUCUUGCCAAUACUUUGCGCUAGACGCAUCCAGAAGUGAAACGUGAUGGGCACGAUGUCCAGGUCAGAGUAUGCGGAGCAUUCGCCGAUAGCUUCCACGAUGGGGAAGAACGUCUCCGUAUGAUGCAGAAGCAAGCUGCGAUACGUCUCUCCAGCCUCCGUGAAGAUACGAGCAUAUCCCCUAAUCCUGUCCGGGUCAUCCUUGAAUUCGCUCAAUUUAGGUUUGAGCGCAAUGACCCUGGGAACAAUCAGUUCGAUGACUUGCAUAUUGUCUUCAAUCUCUUGGGUUUCAUGUAUGAUGUCACAGACGGUAGUCACGGCGGCAUCAAACAGUUGGUCCGACGAUAGUGCGUCGAAAGCAUAGGUGAGAAGGGGGGUUUGCGCUAAUGAGACAGCGGUGAUCUCCCCAGCGGCUAGCCAGCUACUGAGACAAUGGAAUACUUGAGUCUGAAUAUCAGACGUAGUACCUGCGAAACGGACGAGUCAGCAUCUCGAAAUAGCUGCUAGGGAUAUACAUACCAGUUGCCUGCAGAUAAAUAGACAAUAAAUCCAAGACCUUUUG